AUGGACAUCAGAAAUUUUUUUGUUUUAAAAAGAAAGAAACCUGAAGGAGCAAGCAGUGACAGCGAUGAUUCCGUGGGUGACCUGGCGAGACCUAGCACAUCCAAAGAACCGAACUUAGUUCCCGACUCUUCGAUAAAUGACUGCAACGAAAAUGACAUCGACAUUGUGAAAAAAGUAAAAGAAGCAGAAGCUUAUAGUAUGUUAGCAGACGAAACAGCUGAUAUUACCGGUACUGAACAAUUAUCGAUUGGGCUGCGAUAUAUUGACGAGGAAGCCAAUGAGGUCCAAGAAAUGUUCGUCGGAUUUGUUGAGCUGAAAGGUCUGGAUGCGAAAUCUAUUGCAUAUUGCAUCGAUGAGUUUCUGACAAAAGAAGACCUUAAUCCUGCUGAUAAAUGCGUUGGUUUUAGAUUUGACGGUUGUUCGACGAUGUCCGGAAAAGACGGUGGAGUACAAGCGAUCCUUCGCAAAAAAUAUACCAAAGCACUGUUCUUUCAUUGCUCGUCCCAUAAAUUGAAUCUAGUAAUAAAUGAUCUCAAUAUUCUUCCUGAAAUUCGAAACACCAUGGGAACCACUAAAGAUAUUAUUAAUUUUUUUCGGGAAUCUGUUUUGAGAAGAAAAUUGGUACCUAAUAUUGCCAGGCUCUGCGAAACAAGAUGGAGUGAGAAACAUAAAACUAUCAGAGUAUUUAAGGAGAAUUUUCCUGUUAUAUUGGAAGCCUUAGAAAACUUAUCGCGUGAAGGAAACAGUGCUACUCGAAAAAAUGCCUUUCAACUCCAUGCGGCUGCUUUCAAAAUUUCGUAUAUACUUUGUAUUACUUUGAUAGCUAAAUACUCUGCUUUGUUAGAACCUGUUGUCAACGCACUCCAAUCCAUAGCUUUGGAUGUGGUUAAGGCCUCGCAACACGUCAAACGCAUUUUGCAAUUGCUUAAGAGCCACCGUGAUAAUCCCGAAAGAGUCACAGAUGAAAUUAUAAAGGAUGCUACUGUUGUUGCGGAGAAAGUCGGCCUGGAGGAGGAUAUCACUUCAAUGCCGCGCAUUGUUGGGAAACAACGUCAUCGAAGCAAUCACCCAGCAGAAAGCCCUUCAGAAUUCUGGAAAAGAUCAUUAAUAAUACCAUACUUGGACUCCGUUAUUACAUCGCUUGAAACACGCUUUGCUGAGGAAAAUACUCCAUCAUUUGCUUUAUCUAAAUUACACCCGCACAAAUGCAAACGAUGUCAGUCGAAAAUCUCACAGAAACUUGUGAAACUAUCGCUCAGUUUUAUAAUUUACCAAACAUAA